CCCUCCUCCGGCGAAUUUUAUCUUAUUCUUCUCCUCCCAGCUCCCAGCACUAGACAAGUGGCACCACUGCCUGCUCGCUCCCCUGUAGCAGCAUUCAGUACCAGCAUGGCUUCUUCCGUCGCGUCCGCGUCGUGGGCGCUGCCGCUGCAGCCGGGGGGCACGGCAGCGGCGAGCUUCUCCUGCCGCGCGAUGCUCGCCGUCGUGGCACCUCGCCUGGGCGUUUCCGUGCGCCGGGCGAGGGUCCUCGUGGCGCCCCGUUGCGCGGCGCUGGAGGGCGCCGGCGGGGAGGAGGUCAAGAAGGAGGUGGAAGGGGGGAAGGAGAAGGGCGUGAGGAAGAAGCGGGCCCGCGGCCGGCCGGUGUGGAGGCGGAUCCUGUUCGCGUCCAAGAAGACCCGCAGCAUCAUCAUCCUCAACGCCCUCACCGUCAUCUAUGCAAGUGAUAUUCCAGUUUUGAAAGAGGUUGAGGCCCUGACAGAGCCUGCAGUCUUCAACAUGGUUCGCUUCGUUGUUGCAGCCAUCCCCUUCAUACCAUUCGCGGCACGCGCGUUUGGAGAUCGCCGCGUACGUACGGCAGGAUUGGAGCUGGGAGUCUGGGUUAGCUUAGCUUACCUUGCUCAAGCAAUUGGAUUGCUCUCAUCUGAUGCUGGGCGAGCAUCCUUCAUCACAGCCUUCACGGUGAUAGUUGUGCCUCUAAUUGAUGGCAUUCUUGGCGCCUCGAUCCCCAAGCUCACUUGGUUUGGAGCCAUCGUGUCACUAGUAGGGAUUGGCCUACUGGAAUGUGGCGGCUCUCCUCCCUGUGUUGGUGAUGUGCUGAACUUCUUCAGUGCCUUAUUUUUUGGGAUCCAUAUGCUCAGAACGGAGCAAAUAUCAAGAAGUACUGACAAAAAGAAGUUUUUAGCUCUCCUUAGCCUCGAGGUCCUUGUGGUGGCCUUCUCCUCGAUUCUCUGGUUUAUGUUCGAAGAUGGCUAUGUUGAUGCCAGUGAAUCCAGCUUUGGAUCAUGGACUUUUGGUAUGCUUUGGGACACAGCAGCUUCAUUUCCUUGGAUACCAGCAUUGUACACUGGAGUUUUCUCUACGGUGUCAUGCAUGUGGGCAGAAAUGGUAGCGAUGGGUGAUGUUUCAGCAACUGAAACUGCUAUUGUUUAUGGGUUGGAACCAGUUUGGGGAGCUGCUUUUGCUUGGUUCCUCCUCGGUGAAAGAUGGGACAAUGCUGCAUGGAUUGGAGCUGCUCUUGUAUUAUGUGGCAGUUUAACUGUUCAGCUAUUUGGGUCAGCUCCUGAGAAGUCCAGGAAAGUCGAACAGCACAGCAGCAAUGCUUUGAAAACCCCAGUGAAACAACAAGACUACUUAUCUUUAUCUGCUAUCCCAGUCGAUUCCAGGAAGAUCAUAAGAAGCCAAUUACAAAGGAAGAACAAAACAAUGUAGCCCAACACCAAGGCAAGCAAGGAAUCCUGCGAUGACAAGCUCAGAAUAACACUCUAUAGAUAUAACAUCGACCUAUUUUGUUCCGAGGCAUCGUUUCUUGGCUCACCAAUAUAGGGGUGCUCUCAGUAUAGAGAAUGCUCGCUGUUCCCGUAUUUUGGAGCUUACUUGUGGUUGGAUUUCUAUUUUGCCUCUGAUGAUUGUGCAAGCUAUGUGCUAGAAUGCCUCACGCAUAAUAGAAAAUGAGGCAUUGCUAGCUGGAAACUCAGAGGUCCACGGCCCGCCUAGAUGAAAUCACGCAUCUACAUGUGUUAAAUGAGAUAACUUAGUAAAUUUUGGGAUCCACAGUGUUAGCAUUGUGUAGAUUUCAUGUAAAUAUAUGUACACAACUAGAUGAUUGUAUACUACUGAUCUGAGCAUACCUUUGAUUGUAUAGUAUUAAAUAACAAGUAGGUAUAACGUAUUAUUUUGA